UUGGACCAAUUCAUCUACACGCUCUGCCAGCGCUCAAACGUCCAGACACCCACCUUGAUGACGACCCUCGUCUACCUCGACCGUCUCCGCGCCAAACUCCCUCCCGUUGCAAAGGGAAUGCAAUGCACCUGCCACCGCGUCUUCCUCGCUGCACUCAUCUUGGCCGCAAAGUACCUCAAUGACUCUUCCCCCAAGAACGUGCACUGGGCAAAGUACACCAACGGUAUGUUCACCGUCGAGGAGGUCAACUGCAUGGAACGCCAAAUGCUCUUCCUCCUUAACUGGGAUCUCCGCGUCACCUCCGAGGAUCUUUACUACCACCUCAACCCCUUCCUC